ACUUCAGAGAGCAUAAACACGAGAGAGAGUGAGAUUCAAAGAGCUCCGGUUUUCCGCACAAAACCACUGAGUAAAUCAAAAGAGUGGCUGUUUUAUCCUGGAGGCGACCGGCUGAUAGUCUGCUGUGCGAAUAACGAGGCAGUGCCGCGAACGUCUUAAAGAGAGCGACCUAGUCCGCGACUCAGCCAGAUUCAGUAACCCUAAUUUUUCUGUUCGAUUUCUAACAAUUUUAAGACGUUGCGUUGCUGUUAAGUGAAUCGAACAUAUUGCUGGAUUUGGCUGUCGCUCAUCGCCUUUGCCAUAAGAAAAUCUAGGCAAGCCGCUGGUUGGUGAUUGUCCAUGCGCAGUUCAAAGAGCUGCGAUUCAGCAACCACAGAGAGACUCCAAGGAGAGCUGCUGAACCCAGAAGUGGCUCUUGCCGAAGUAACUUUUCGAUUCCGAUCACGGGGAAAGUAAAUUACAAGAAAAUGAAGGGUUCCCAGAACCUUCGACAGAGGCUUCUGCUAUCGACGCUCUCCGGCACUCCUAUUCUCGUCGAAGACAUUCGCGCCGACGACAAAUUGCCCGGCCUCCGCCCCCAUGAAAUCUCUCUUCUCCGCCUCUUUGACCGAGUCACCGAUGAUUGCGUCGUCGAAAUCAAUGAUACCGGUACGAAGUUCAAGUACAAGCCUGGUGUGGUUAUGGGGGGAAGGCGUGUUGCUCAUGACUGUGGUGUGAGUCGAGCAAUUGGAUAUUUUCUGGAACCUUUGAUUGUUCUUGGAUUAUUUGGCAAGAAGCCGCUUGAGAUAAGGCUCAAAGGGAUUACGAAUGACUCGAAGGAUCAAUAUGUAGACAUAUUUCGCUCGACUACCCUGCCAAUAUUAAGGCGAUUUGGAUUCGGACAUGGUCAAACUUUUGGGCUUUCUAGUAGUCGUGGAUUGGUUCUGGGCCGAAUAAAAGAAAAGUGGAAUGGGACCUCUGCUUCAGAGAUGAAAGAAGCUCAAGUGGACCUAGAGGGCAAGUGUUUGCCAUCAUGGAAUUGGGGCUCUCCCAUAUGCCGAAAUUGCCAUCAUCUGUUGGCUAUUCGGUUGCAAAGUCAGAGACAAUUACUUUCGAAAAGAGGUAAGCACGGAAACUCUCUUUCUGAGUCAUCAAUGAUGAUUAAAUAGAAUCUAUGUAAUAUAGUGUUAUGCAUGGAAUUGUUAUAUCUUGUGAAUGCUAGAGAAAUUAGAAUUAAUAUAUUGAUAUUGAGAUGUGAUUUCCUCAAUAAUUAGAGUACAAUUUUGUGUACAUGAAGUAUAGUAAUUUUAACUAUAUAAUUGCAUACUCUGAAGCAUAUACGUAUGUAUAUUGUGUGGUAAAUAUGCUAGUGGAAUGGUUGUAUGCCAUAUUUAUUUUAGAAGAAGUACUAGUUGUUAGUACUAUGAGAACCAUUCGUAUAUCUUGAACCCUAAUAAGGUUCAAGAAUCAGG